UCCACCGUACACGCCAAGAUUUGAGGCUGCAAAAGGGAAAAGGUUCGCGAUAGGAAGAGAGAGAGAGAGAGAGAGAGAGAGAGAGUCGAAGCAAGGGGCUCUGAAGUGGGAGCUGCUUCAAAUUGUCCGAAGGGGCAGCAUUUCUCCGUCUAGUUCCGGUUGCUCUGUCUGCGCUGUAUGCCAUUUGGAACAGCAACAAUAGGUUGCCACCGUUUAGACAAGGGGAAAAUACCACCAACAGACUGAUUCUUUUUUAAUGCAAGAUAAACAUGAGCUCCUAUUUUGUUAACCCUCUUUUCUCCAAGUACAAAGGUGGCGAGACAUUAGAGCCAACUUAUUACGACUGCAGGUUCCCACAGAGCGUUGCCCGAAGCCACACGCUUGUGUACGGACAUGGAGCAGCUGCGCCGGGCUUUCAACAUCCGUCUCAUCACGUACAGGACUUUUUCCAUCAUGGUACCACAGGUAUUUCCAACCCUGGGUACCAGCAGAACCCUUGUGCUUUGGCAUGUCAUGGAGACGCAACGAAAUUUUAUGGAUAUGAAGCUCUUCCGAGGCAAUCGCUUUAUGGUACCCAGCAAGAGGCAAGCCUAGCGCAGUACCCAGAUUGUAAAUCCUCCAAUAGCUCUAACCCCGGGGAAGGACAAGGCCACUUAAGUCAAAAUACCUCUCCCAGCCUCAUGUUCCCAUGGAUGCGACCCCACGCCCCUGGGAGACGCAAUGGGAGGCAGACGUACAGCCGCUACCAGACUCUUGAACUGGAGAAGGAGUUCCUCUUCAAUCCAUACCUCACGCGCAAGCGUCGGAUUGAAGUGUCCCACGCGCUGAGCUUGACUGAGCGGCAGGUGAAGAUCUGGUUUCAGAACCGACGAAUGAAGUGGAAAAAGGAGAAUAACAAAGACAAGUUCCCGGGCCAGAGAGGAGAGGCGGAGGCCGAAGAAGAGGGCAACGAGGACGCUGAGGCGGAAGAAGCGUUGGACAAGGAAACGGAAGAGAAAGAGGAAAGCAAAGAUUGAUUUUAUGGGUUUUUUAUGGUUAUAUGGCAGAAUGAGGAGAGGUUUCGAGGAUGUCUAAAGAAAGAGAAGACACGCCAAACACUUGGGUGAAAAAGUGAGAAAAAAAAUCCCUACAGACGUCAGUCCCCACAUAAAAGCACUCUCAAUCCACCCGGAAAAAAAAAAAGCUUGCUUUAGCAGAGCUCGAAGAAUUU